AUGCUGCUGCGGGUGCGCGCUGCCGUGGCGCAGCUGGCGGCGGGGCUGGGCGCGCAGCCCCCCGCAGAAGCCCGGGGCGGCGGGGCAGGAGCCGGGGCCGGGCGGGGAUCGCCGCCGCCAGCCGCGUUCUGCCGGCCGGCCUUCCUGCAGCUGACUCCCGAGGAGCUGCGCCGCGCCGACGACCACACGGGGCGGGCGGUGCAGAGCCCCCGCGACGGGCGCCGCCGCCUGCCCUGGAGCACGGGAUACGCAGAGGUGAUAAAUGCAGGGAAGAGCCAGCACAAUGAGGACCAGGCAUGCUGUGAGGUGGUGUUUGUGGAGCAGAGGCCCAGCCCAAGGGGCUGGCUGUCAUCCAGGGAAGACAGCGAGGAGUUGGAUGGGGGCAGGAAAGGUUUUUAUUUCCACUACUGGGCCUUGUUUGAUGGCCAUGCAGGCAGCGGGGCUGCUGUCAUGGCAUCCGAGAGGCUCCACCUGCACAUCUGUGAGCAGCUCCGGGACCUCGUGGAGAUCCUGCAGGACCCCUCCCCACCUCCCAUCUGCCUCCCAUGCGAGGCACAGACUGGUUCUGCAGAUCCAAACCAGAUGUCCUAUGCAGAGGACCGUGGGGAGGUCCUGAACGAUGCUGUGCCACGGUUUCACCUGGAGAAAGCUGUGUCCCACGAGAGCCUGGUGAUUGGUGCCAUUGAGAAUGCCUUUAAGCACAUGGACGACCAGAUCGAGCGGGAGCGGGUGUCCCAGCACCUGGCUGGGGGGUGCUGCGCCCUGGCUGCCAUCUACCUCAUGGGCAAGUUCUACGUGGCCAACGCUGGUGACAGCAGGGCCAUUAUCAUCCGUAAUGGGGAAAUCAUUCCAAUGUCCAGGGAGUUUACUCCAGAGACAGAGAGGCAGAGACUGCAGUUUUUAGCAUUGCUGAGGCCCGAGCUGCUGGGGAAGGAGUUCACCCACCUGGAGUUCCCCCGCAGGAUCCAGCCCAAGGAGCUGGGCAAGAAGAUGCUCUACAGGGACCAGAACAUGAAUGGCUGGGCUUACAAAAAGAUAGAAGAGGAUGACCUGAAGUUUCCACUUAUCUUUGGGGAAGGCAAAAAGGCUCGGAUGAUGGCCACAAUUGGGGUCACAAGAGGCCUGGGAGACCACGACCUCAAGGUGUUCAGCUCCAACAUCCACAUCAAGCCUUUCCUGUCCUGCUUCCCAGAGGUCAGGGUUUAUGACCUCACGCAGUAUGAGCACUGCCCUGACGAUGUUCUGGUGCUGGGCACCGACGGGCUCUGGGAUGUCACCAAUGACAAGGAGGUGGCUGCUGUGGUGAUGGAGGUGCUGACGAGCUAUGAGCCCAACGACCCGUGCAGGUACACCAUGGUGGCCCAGGAGCUGGUGGUGCGGUCACGGGGGGUGCUGAAGGAGCGUGGCUGGCGGCUUGCCAAUGACAAGCUGGGCUCUGGCGAUGACAUCUCUGUUUUUGUGAUCCCCCUGGGCGGCCCCGGCAACUACACGUGAUGCUGAAUGAGCCUGGGGCAGCGGGGCUCUCCUUGCCUGGAUGGAGACACUGGAGUGGGACACUGAGGCUGCCUCCUCUAAGCACUUGUGUUUUGAGCCGACUGCAAGGAGAGUAAGAAACCUGGAGCUUCAGUCUGUGCUCCUGUCCAGGGCAUCCCCCUCCGCCUGCUUGCAUCCCAGUCCCAGGUGGAGAUGGAGAGGCCUUGGAUAGAGUGUGAGCACUGGGGCUGAGGGAUGUUUUUAUGCUGCAACUUUCUCAAUGCUGUGAAAAGCCUGAAGGCUCCUUGGCUCCUCAUGUCCUUUGCUUCUUGCCAUGCCUAUGCUGACUGCAGCCCUGUGUGACAGCCACGGGGCUGCUGUGCGCUCAUACCUGCUGCAGUCACCACCCAUCUCCUGCCCCGUGAUGCUCUGGCCAGUGACACCGAAGCUGCUGCUGGAGGUGGGAGCUGGGGCUCAGAUGGGAUGUGACUGGGAGUAAAGUCACAGGCAGCUGGGCAAUGGAGCUGGCACAAGUCCAGUUGUGGCUCCACAAUGGCCAUCCCAGCCUUGUGCUCCAAAUUUUCAGCCCCUCACACCUUCAUUCUGUCAUGGACUUUGGCUCAGUCUCCAGUCUUGGAGAUUGGAGCAGUGACCAAGCUCUGCCAUGCACCAGACCCCUGAGGAGGGAUAAGCAAUUGCACCAGCACUGGUUGUGCCACAGGUUGUACCCCCAUCUUCCUCAUGUCUUGGAUCGCUGCAGUGCUUCUGGAGCUAGUUCUUUGUUAACUGGAGAGCUGAGCUGGAAAAUGUCUAAAUCCUUUCUUGGUGUGGAGAGUCUAUGAAUGUAUGUCUAUAUUUUGGAGUGGUUCUGAGUUAGCAGCCUCACACAGAACAGCCCUAUUCAGGUGAGCUUAACAGCUUAACUGCACUGGAUCUGCUUAGCCCAGGGCUGGGAACCCACAGUAAAAGCAGCUUGGUGUGACCAAGGCAGGGAAAGACAGCUCCUGUGUUUUCCUCAAUGAUCUCAGAACUGGUGCAGAGGGGAGCUGAGCAGUUGAUCUUUGCACUGUAUUUUUGUAUCACACACAUCACUAACCUGGAGCAUCCAUUUCCCAGACCUCUGCAGAGUCCUAAACUGUGAGGGAUUGUCCCAUCCUGGCAGUGUGGGGAUGGGGAGAGCUGGGCCAUGGUUCCUUGUCUGGGAAGGGCUCUUGUGGCACCAGUAGUUCGUAUCCUGUCACUGGCUGCAGCCAGCUUUUGUCAAGUGUCACCUCUAGUGAAUGUUGUUUUUGUCCUGUAACCAGUGAGAUGUAAAUAAACUGGGUGCACACAAUGGAAAGUGAAAGUUAUGGAGGGUAUUUGAACCUGUUGGCAUCCAUGCUGAAGGGAGUGGUGCUGGGGCCGGGAGCCUGUCCUUGUGUAGCACUCUGUGUUUAAAUAAAGAUUUUGCCACUCACA